AUGGUGCCUGUCUCGCUCUCCGUGAGCCUCUCCUGCCUGGGCUUGUGGGCUUCUGGACUGAUCUUGGUCUUAUGCUUCCUCAAGCUUAUUUGUCUGCUGGUGCGGAGGCAGUCGCUGGCCAGGGCUAUGGACAGCUUCCCAGGGCCUCCCACUCAUUGGCUCUUUGGGCACAUUCAUGAGGUAUGUGGUGGUUUCAAAGAGAUGCAGAAGACAGGGAGCCUGGACAAGAUGGUGUCCUGGGCCCACCAAUUCCCCUAUGCCCACCAACUCUGGCUUGGACAGUUUCUCGGUUUCCUGAACAUCUAUGAUCCUGACUAUGCCAAGGCUGUGUACAGCCGAGGAGAUCCUAAGGCCUCAGAUGUGUAUGACUUCUUCGUCCCGUGGAUUGGGAAAGGCCUGCUGGUCCUCCAGGGUCCCAAGUGGUUCCAGCACCGCAGGCUGCUCUCAUCUGGCUUCCAUAAUGAUGUGCUGAAGCCCUACGUGGCCGUGUUUGCCGACUCCGCACGUGCUAUGCUGAUGAACUCCAAUGCUGACAAGUGGGAGGAAAAGGCUCGUGAUGGUAAGAGCUUUGACAUCUUCUGUGACAUGGGCCACACGACACUGAACAUACUCUUGAAAUGCAUCUUUGGCAAAGGAGACAGCGACCUGAGCCACAGGGACAGGAGCUUCCACAGGGCAAUCAGAGAUCUCACUCUGCUGCUUCAGCAGCGUAUCCAGUCCAGCCAGUACCAUAAUGACUUCAUCUACUGGCUCACCCCUCAUGGCCGUCGCUUCUUGCGGGCCUGCCAGGUGGCCCACGACCACAGAGACCAAGUCAUCAAGGAACGGAAGGCAGCCCUGCAGGACAAGAAAGAGCAGGAGAUUAAGAACCGGAAGCACCGAGAUUUCCUGGACAUUCUCCUUGGGGUUCAAGAUGAAAAUGGGAUCAAGCUGUCAGACGCAGACCUCCGGGCUGAGGUAGACACGUUCAUGUUCGCAGGCCACGACACCACUACAAGUGGCAUCUCUUGGUUUCUCUACUGCAUGGCCUUAUACCCCGAGCACCAGCAACGUUGUCGGAAGGAGGUCCGUGAGAUCCUUGGAGACCAGAACUCCCUCCAGUGGGAGGACCUUGGCAAGAUGACCUACUUGACCAUGUGCAUCAAGGAGACUUUCCGCCUCUACCCACCUGUGCCCCAAGUGUACCGCCAGCUCAGCAAGCCUGUCAGCUUUGUGGAUGGCCGCUCUCUACCUGCAGGCAGCCUGAUCUCUCUGCACAUCUAUGCCCUUCACAGAAACAGCACAGUAUGGCCCAACCCUGAGGUUUUUGACCCCAUGCGCUUUUCCAAUGAGAAUACGUCCCAACGCCAUCCCUACGCCUACAUGCCCUUCUCUGCAGGGCCCAGGAAUUGCAUUGGGCAGCAGUUUGCCAUGAACGAGAUGAAGGUGAUCACGGCCCUCUGCUUGCUCCGCUUUGAGUUUGUCCCCGACUUUUUGCGGCCACCCAUCAAGACCCUGCAGCUGGUCCUGCGCUCCGAGAAUGGCAUCUACCUCCACCUGAAGCCACUGGGCCUGAGCUCUGAGAAGGGGCUCUGCCAAGAUUAGGGCCCCAGGCAACCCAGGCUUUGGCCUCUUUCUGAGCAUCGCCCUCCCCAGGCUGAAUUGUGGAGCAGCUGUGGCUCCCUGCCUUUGGGAGACCUGUAGUUUAGAGGGAGAUUGGUACCUGCAUAGACAAUCAGCCCAAAGAUGGUGCCAUGUAAACAUGUGUGUCUAUAAAUGCUUACUAUUCAUGUAUUCCAGAGCUAACACAAUCAUUUAACAAAUAUGCGAGCAUCUACUUGCUUCUGGAAUCUUCAUUUUUCUCCAUAAUUGUCAGCCUUUCUAAAACAUAGCAGAAACUUACAUUCCAGGCAGAGUGACACACUGAAUGCAAUGGAAGCUGUGU